UUUUGUAGAAAUCAGCCUCGGAGGCCAAGAAAAAGGGUCGGCUGCUGCAGAAGAACACUCGACCAAUCACGAUCUUUUGGGGAUCUGGCAAGACUUCUCCCAAGGGGAAGGCUGCAGCAGAUACAGGCACUGCAGCAUCAAGAGCAGAGCCAGUUGCAGGCACAUCAGGACUCAGUGCAGGUGGUAGGAAGUCUGCACAAGGGGCAGCUGCUAAACCAGAGGCUGGCAGGUCCUCCUCCUCAGCCAGCAGUGAGAGAAGGGAUGCUGAGAAGAAGCCAGCCAUGGGGAUCACCAGCAUGGGGAAGCUGAGAGGGAUGGCUGGGAAGAAUGCCUACGAGAAGUUUCAGAUUCUGGAACAGAGAGAUCGCAUCAUCAGGCAGGGAUCCAAGAAACAGACAGACCUGGCCACAGCGAAGGCGUUUGUGGGUACCUGCCAGGACAUGUGUCCGGAGAAGGAGCGAUACGAGCGAGAGUUCCAGAACAGGCUCUCCCUCUUCGAGACUCUCCCCGAUGACGACAACAGGAUCGACCACACGAAGGCCGUGAAGGAAUACGCUCGCUCGUCAGCCGACAAGGAAGAGCCCCUGCCACACGAACUCCGACCUCCCCAUGUGCUGACACUGACCAUGAACUACCUAGUGAACAACAUCCUGGACCUGGGGAGGGACGGGAAUUGGGGGGACUGGUACGACUUUGUGUGGAACAGGACAAGGGGCAUCAGAAAGACUUUAGUGUGA